GUGGCAUCUCUAGGUGUCAUAAGUAUUUAAUAAGUAAACAAAGAAAAUGAGGUAACCACGACGCAUCAGAGGUGACCAUCAAUGACUAUAAAUAUUCAAUUUAUGCAACGGACCAAACUCAGGAUAACUACAAUAUAUUGGGACCUUGCGAACGAAACCAUUACCAAUCAAAAAUAUAUGUGAUAUGAUUCAAACGUGAUACAGUGAAAAAUUUAUAUAAAUUUCUUAAAAAUUUAUUGAAAUGGAUAUAAAGGCCAACAUAGAUUUGAGUGGAUUUGAGUAUCCAGACUGUUGGAAAAAUAAAGUUAAAAUGCAGGGACUAUUUUCCACAUUUCGGCCACGCAAUCUAAAUGCUGAAGCCGAGAAUGAGUACGUGUCUAAGAUGACGUUCUGGAAAAAUCUAAUUGGGCGAUACUGCGAGUUUACAGGAAAAGCUAUAUUCACACAGCAAGAACUGCAAAUUCAGUUUAUGCGCGGAGAUCAGUUGCCUGCAUGUUUGGGCACAGUAAUAACCGAUAUGCUGCAGCAGAAAGAAAUCCGCGCACGCAGCGAGUAUGAGUACGAUCCGCAGAAUACCUGGAGAGGCUGGGCCAUCAAUAAAUUUGUGAAGCGACCUCUACUGUGGGGCUGGAGUAAGAUUAAGCAAAGUAAUAUCGUUGAAGAUCUGGAAUGGGUGUAUUUGGAUGUAUUAGGUAGCCAAUGUAAUAAGCUUGAAACUCACAUAUUAGAAAAGAAUUGUGGUAAAAUAUUGAAUUUUGAAGCACUUCAAAAUCUCUGUAGCUGUUGCCUACUUAAUAUACACACAGAAUCCCUUGUACUGUGCCUACUGACGCUGCAAGCCCGCAAAAAAGUGGGCUUACAUUACAAAUGUGAAAAUCCGACGCGAUCAAUUCAUCUUAUUAAAAUACCAGCCACAGUCAAUGCGGGUAUCAGUUUUAGCGAGGAAGAUCUUGGCGUCCACAGGCUACAGAUGACCCAAUCAAGUCUGUUAAAAGAGCUGGAAAAACUCGAAGAGGAUAUAAGAGUAAAUGAUCAAAAAGUGCAACUUUAUGUUAAAGAGAAGAAAAGGCAAAUGGCUAAAACAUAUUUGCGCAAAAGACAUUUGAUGGAGAAAAAUCACGAGCGACGUAGCAUUGCCUUGCACAAUAUUGAGGAAUUGCUAUCCAGCGUGGACGAAGCUCGUAAUAACGGUGUUGUUCUGGAUGCUUACAAAAUCGGAGCAAAAGCUUUGCAAAAAGCCCUCACAGAAUCGGGCUUGAAGUAUGACCACGUCGAUGAGGUUCUCGCUGAUGUGCGUGAUACUAUGGAGCAACACAAAGAGGUACAACACACCAUAUCAAAUGGUGUUUCAGAUGUAGCUCUAGUCGAAGACGAUGAUCUCGACCGUGAGUUACGCGAACUUUUAGGCGAAACGACUCAAAUUGAUUUCCCAUCACACACUCCAACUAACGAGAAGCCAGGGAUUACAGAUUCGCAACUGAUUGAAAUGCUAAAUGGGUUAGACGUAGAAGAAGGUAAUUUGUCCGACUUGAUUGUCGGUAAGCAGAGUUUACCAAGCAUUUAAGAGACUAUUAAAUGUUUUUAAAUAUUUGUUUUUGAAUAAAAAAAGUGCAUUUGCAUUUAAUAA